AUGAAAUUUAUAAUUUUAGGCUUAGCUCUCAUCUCCCUUACUUCUAUUAAUGCUUUACCUCAGCUUACUGCUGACCAAUGUGUUAAUUUAGCUUCAACAACUUUUUAAUGUAAUCCUAAUAAUGUAUCAUGUCCUUAAUAGCUAAAAACAAUUAUGACUUGUGUAUAAAGCUGCUUGACUCAAGCAAGUAGCGCCUAAGCAGAUUGUUUCCUUAAUUGUACUAAAGCAGCUUCGGAAAUUUCAGUAAUAUCACUUGGAUAAAGCUUAUAUCAAUGUAUAUACCCUAGUUCUUAUGGGCCUCCUAAUAUUACUUAUAAUCCUAGUGCUUCAAAUAACACUUAUACUACCUACUUUGAUUAUUGUAGGUAAAUAACUCCAAGUCCUUGCUAAACUGUUGAUUAUGUUUGUAUAAACAGUAAAAUAAAUGCUGAUAUAUGCUUUGGUAACUGUUAUGCAACUACAAAAAUAUCUGCUGAUUUAAUAACUUGUGCCCAAUAAAAAUGCACAAGUUCAAUAGAUUCUGUUUAAAACAGCAUAUCCUCAAUCAUCAGCUGUGCAAGUUCAACACCACCUUCUUCUUCUGAUUCUUCAUCUUCUACUUAAAAACCUCUUACUCUGAAUCAAUGUGUUGCUUUAGCUGCAUCUACAUUUUAAUGUAAUCAAAAUGAUCAACAAUGCUCUGUAUAAUUAUCAUAAUUAAUAGCUUGCGGAUAGAAUUGUUUAAGUCAACCAAUUAAUGUCUAAAAUGCUUGCUUGACUUCUUGCUUUAAUGGAAUAACUAAUAUUGCUGUACUUGGACUUGGUAGUAACUUGCAACAAUGUGUGAAUCCUAUCCCUAAAGUACCUCCUAAAGUUAAUUAUAAUCCAAAUGCUUCAAAUAACACUUAUACUACCCAUUUUGAUUAUUGUAAAACAAUAAAUCUUAAUAAUUGUAAUCCUGUUGAUUACACCUGCCAAAAUGAAUUCUCGAAUAUCUAAAUAUGUUUUGCAAACUGUUACUCAAGUACCAAAUAGGCUUCAGAUUUAUUAAGUUGUGCUUAAUAAAAAUGUUCAAGUUCUGUUUCAACUAUCUCAAAUUAUGUUAGCUCAGUGAUAAAAUGUGUUAACUCCACAUCUUCUUAGUAAAUCCUAACAAUUUUAUCAAUUACUAUAUAAUUGUUAAUUGUCAUUUUAUAUUGA